AUGAAUAUGGAAUACAGUGAUGAAGAGAUUGACAUAGAGGAAAUACUAAAACAAGCUGAGAAUGUUGAAUGUAUUGAUGAAAGUAAUAUAAAAAAAUUAGCAGGUGUUUUAAAAAAAAAAAAAAAAAAAAAUGAACAGGACAGAAUUGAAUAUCCAGAUAAUCCUGAGAAAUGGGUAAAUAGUGAAGUUGAUUUAGAUGAAAUACUAGUAAAUACAAAAAAUUUAAGUGUAUGCACAAAUUUAUACAAAAGUAUGAUAGAUUCAGGUAUUUUUGAAGAUAUAAUUGAUUUAUUAAAUCAUCAGAAUACUGACAUUGUUAUUGAAGUUAUUGAAAUUAUUAAAGAAAUAACUAACCCAUCAAAUGUAUAUGAACUAGAAAAAGAAGUGUGUGAUGCAAUGAUCGAAUAUUUAAACAAAAAAAAAUUAAAUCAUUUUAUUAUAAAUGUUUUAGAAAAAAUAAAUGAAGAAGAAAGUGAAGAAUAUUAUAACGCUAUGUCUUCUAUUUUUAAUAUAUUUGAAAACAUUUUUGAAUUAGAAAAUAAUCUACAAAAUGAUUUGUUAACCAAUUCAAAAUUAUUAUUUUUUUUAUUAAAAAGAAUUAGUACUGAGAUAAAAAGUGAAGAUUCUAAUUCCUUAUAUGCUAGUGAAAUUUUAGUGCUUCUUAUUUUAAGAAUAAAUCAAUUUGCUCAAAAUGUUUACGAUGAUUUUUAUUAUUCUGUUACAAUCUUUAAUUCACUUUUAAAAUAUAUUUCUAAAUAUAAAGAAAAAGAUCCUUCAAACUUACAUAAAAAAGAAAUUUUGCUUAAUUGUUUUCAAGCAUUAGGGAACUUGUUACUUUUAAAUAAGAAUAAAAAGGUUUUUGAAAGUACUAUAGGAUUAGAAUUAAUGUUAAAGUUAUUAAGUGAAAGGAAAUUUUUAUGUUUUCCUGCUUUAAAAAUCUUUGCACUUGUACUUAAUGAUAAAGAUUCAUGUAACAAAUUCAUAGAAUUAAAUGGUUUGAAAUAUUUGUUUUGUUUAUUUAUGUUAAGAAAUAUAAAAAAAAAUAAAAUUAACUUAUUUGAGUUUGAAGAAAAUAUAAUUACAAUUAUAUCUAAUUUAACUUUAUAUUGCACAAGUACAUAUCUUAGCAGAGUUCUUAAUAAAUUUGGUGAAAAAAAAUGUGAAAAAAUUAUUCGUUUGUUAGAAUUAAGACAAAAAUAUAGUGAUAUUAUAACAAAUGAAAAAAAAAAAAAAAAUUUAUUAGUAAAUGAGAACUUAAAAAAAAUGAAUAUUCAAAUUGAUGAUGAUUGCAGAAAAAAUCUUGAAUAUAUGGAAUUAUGUGAUAAAGGAUAUUUGAUAUAUCAUUUAAUUGAUGUAAUUAUAAUAGCACUUUUUUUUAUGAACAAUUCAUAUAUUUGUAAUAAUAUACUUAUUCAUUUGUAUACUAGAAAUGUAAAUAUACAAUCUUUAUAUGAAAAUAUACUAGAUUUCCUUGAUUGUUUAGAUGAUGAUGAAUUAAAAGAAAAGUUAAGAAAAAUGUUAACAUUUUUCUUAAAAUCAUCAAAAGAAUCGAAUUUAUUUGUCUAA